CAACGACCGGUGGGUCCUAGAUCGCUCGCCUCUGUAAAUAAAUCGGUUGUCACUGUUUACCACGCUCAUUUGAAUACAAGCGGCCGAGAUUCAAUGCAUGAUAUGCGCCACUGUGCCGGAAAAUGAAUCUCGGCUCUGAUAUGGCAAAGCUAUUGACCUAUUCAUGCAUGAUCUGGUUCGUGAUAUAAGGGUACGUUUCGCUCCGUAAGAAUGGUACAGACCCCCAAACACAAGAUCCCGCUGUCUGGUACGUUCUAAACUUUGUUAUAACAAGCAUUCACAUCAAUCUCAACCUCUUUGUUUAUCUCGCAUUAGGCCAUUAUGCGCUCUAAAUCUACAUUUCUUAUGUUUUCCCUCUUAACGCCAUCUGCGCUUUGCUUUUCAUUCCCCCAGACCUCAGAUAUCACCGCAUCUAUCUCCAACAUCUUCAACCGUUCUGGCGGUACCAAAUGUCCUGCAAUAUGGACCACUAUCUCCCUCGAUCUGACCAAAUCCUUCCUCGCCAACGGUCAAUGUACCGACCUCGCUCGCGCUGCUAUCCGCUAUGCUUUCCACGACGCCGGUACAUUCAGCCUCAAACUACCCUUUACUGCUCCAGCUGCUGGCGGCGCCGACGGCUCUCUCCUGCUCAACCCCACCGAGAUUUCUCGCCCAGAGAACAAUGGUCUGCAGGAUUACAACAAAUUCAUCGGCGAUAAAUUCACUCUAUACAAACCACAGGGCGUCGGUGCUGCAGAUCUCAUCUAUUUCGCCGGCAAUCAUGCAGUUGUGACAUGUCCCGGGGGACCCUCAGUCAAGACCGUCAUCGGCCGCACCGAUUCAUCCACCGCAUCGCCCACAGGUGUCAUGCCGCCCGGCUUCGGCCCAGGUUCUGACCACGACAGCUUAUUGAAGCUCUUCGUCGACAAAGGCUUUAGCGCAGAAGAUCUCGCCGCACUCGUUGGCGCACACAGCACUUCGAAGAACAUUGCCGAAACAGCCAUCCCCGUGGGUGCGUCACAGGAUAGCACGCCGGGCGUCUGGGACGUCAAAUUUUACGCCGAAACAUAUAACCCCCCACAAGGAGUAGUUCGAUUUGAUAGUGACAUCGCGCUGAGUAACAAGAGUACGGCCGUGGGAAAGAAGUUUGCGGGCUUUGUCGACGGGCAGGGCAAGUGGACCGGCAAGUUUGCAGAUGCCAUGUAUCGAUUGUCUGUACUGGGCGUUCCGUCUGGGACAGCGAAGAACUUUGUGGAGUGUACGGAUGCGUUGCCGAAGGCUGUGAGUGUGAAGAGGGAUAUCAGGGGUGCCGCGAUCAAUGCGCGGGCCGUAUGAUAUAGGAUGUUUUUUGCUUUCUGACUUAUGUCCUUAUGGUAUAUCCAUCUGGAGCAAUUUAUUUAUAUAAUCAAAAAUGUCAAUACAUACAUUCAGCAGAUAACAUCAUGUAUAAAUCUAUAAGUUAUCUUCACGAGUAUAGGCGAUGAAGAAUAGAACAUCAGGCCCGAGUGUGCGACGCUGUACUGACUAGAUUGGAAGAUAGGUGAUUGAACACGCGUACGAG